AUGUUCAGCACGUUAUGGAACGCGUUUACACCACACCCUAAGGGACCCACUAAACAACUCCCCCCCGCCUCGUUGAACGCAAUUGCCGCCCACACAGAGGACCCCACGGUCAAAGCGUUCGCAGCAUGCUACGACGACAACUGCACCCCACGGGACACAGUGAUCGACUCGCUCCCGACGAUAGAGUCGUACCGGGCUCCCAAAUACCCGAUCGUGCUGUGUCAUGGACUUUCAGGGUUCGACCGGCUCAUCUUGAUCCCCUCGCUCCGAAACCUCAUCAACUUGAUCCUACAACAUAUCCACUCGAACAACGCGGACCACUUCAUGGACAAAGAGGAGUCCGCAGAGCAGCCAGGUGGGGAUCUCGUCACCGUGGACUACUGGAUCGGUAUCAGAGAGUUGCUAGAGAAGAACGGAUGCACGGUGCUCACCGCUAGGGUCCCCAGUUUCGGCAGUAUCGAGGAAAGAGCCGCGGCGCUCCAUGGGAUCCUGAAGAGGAAGACCGCUGAGCAAUUGGGGUCUACGCGGGACCCACCGACGGAGAAACACCCGGCCCGUGUCAACCUCAUCGCUCACUCGAUGGGCGGGCUCGACGCCAGGUACUUGAUCUCCAGGAUCCCCAGCAGCGAGAAGAACUACGAAGUCGUUUCGCUGACCGCGAUAUCCACACCACACCAGGGGUCCGAGAUGGCAGACUUCGUCGUCGAGAACUUCCAACUCAUGAAGACGCUCCUCGCGAAGAAACAACCAGUGUUGCCCAUCUGCUUCUACCAGCUGACGACGAACUACAUGCGCCACUUCUUCAACCUUGUGACACCGGACGACCCGGCGGUACACUACUUCUCUUACGGGUCCAACUUCACUCCGAAAUGGUACAGCGUGUUCAACAUGUCCUGGCAGGUCAUCUACGAAAGGUCCGGCGGCCAGGACAACGACGGGAUGGUCACCGUGCAGAGCGCACACUGGGGGGAGUACAUGGGCACUUUGCAUAACAUGGACCACUUGGACGUCAUCAACUGGCAGAACAAGUUGAUCAGGAAUAACGGUCUUGCACAGGCGGGCCCGCUGCAACACCCACCGAUCGACAUCUUACAAUUCUACUUAACAAUUACACACAAUCUGGCACAGCGAGGGUUUUGA